AUGCUGCACCUGCUGCAGCUGGGCGUCUGGAAACAGCCACACGGCACCAGCGCCUCAGCCCGUGGGGCUCCUGACCGGCCUCUGACGGGUGCUCACUGGCUGGUGAUGGCCUGGCCCGGAGCCCAGCACAGCGACGGAGGGGGCACGUGCCUCUGGAGGCUGUUCAGCCUGCUGGCGGGCUGCGCUCACCCUCUGCACCCCAGCUUCUGGGACGGCCCUUCCAGAAGCAGGGUGGCCAGCCUCUACCUGGCAAUGAUGCUGCUGGAAAACUCCAUCCUCUUGCUGCUGGCUGCUGACUUUCUCCAGGGUGUGUCGUGGACCAGCCUGUGGUCUGUAGCGGGGGCCUCGUCUGGAUUUCUGAUUGGUAGUGUCUCUCUGGUCCUCUAUUACACGCUACAUCCCAAAGCCACAGGCAUCUGGCGGGGCUUCAGAGAGCAGUGCUGGACCCCGCGGGGAGUCGCAGAGUGGAGGCAGAAUCCUCUCCCCAGGCCUCGGCCCCGGCCAGCGCAGGGCCCAGAAGCUCCGGCUGGGGCCGCACCCGAGGCUGCGGCUGCGGGCUGGCCAGUACAGAGGAGUCAGACACGGGAGCGCCGAGCCAGGGCUCCGGCCCAGCUGCUUCCUCAGCCGCCGCCACUGCUGGCUGGUGAAACUCGCUCUGGAGUCGGGCGGCGUGUCCAACUCCACGCAGCCUUUGGGGAGCACAGCCCUGGCCGCUCCGCAUUACAGCCUGCAGAGGAUGCCCAUGUCUCCCCAGGCCUCCCGGGGUCCCCCAGCUGCAGGGAGCAGGCCCAAGCUCCAAGCUGCCCCCAGAGCAGAGAUGGACUUGCUGGACACCUUGAGUUACGUCUCCGUCGCCAGCAAGCGAGCGCGAGGAUGCGGGGCUGCCGGGCAGCCGUGUGCGGUGCCCGGGGAGGGCAGCCCAGAGCCUGGGCACCAGGCCCGCCCGGGCCUCGGGCGGGCGCCGGCAGGCAGCUGAGGGGGGCGGAAGGACAGGAGAGUGCGACGCUGUCCUUCAGCGCCACCAUGGAGGGGACCGUGUCCUCCCAUGGGGAAGGUGGCCCUGUGACACCACAGAUGUCCCACCACUCCGCGAGGACACUGGGGAAGAUGAGUCUCGCCCAGCCGGCCGCCCAGCCCAGCGCCAGCCCCAUCCUGGUGGGGGGCCCUGGAAGAGGCCCAGGUCGCUCAGAACAAGAAGACCCGCGUGGGUCCCGGAGGAAUCUAAACCACCCCGCCGCUGUGGACCCCCGAUGGUCAUUCCUGAGGCCUGCGGAAGGGCCCCACCUCACCUCCACCCCUGAGGCCGAGUCCACCGCUUGGGCCAGCUUCAUCGUCCGACCCGGACCAGACCCUCCAGCCGGUGGUCAUUUCCUGGCGGCCAGCCCUGGCUGCCUGGCCCCGUCUGAGCGGCGGGCGGGCGCCCUCUGCGGGCGAGCGGGGGCGGUGCCGCGGGCGGGAGGGAGCGUGGGAAGUCGCGUGAGCCGCCUUUCCCACAGCGCCGGGCCGCUUCAAGCCUGUCCGCCACUCCUGGCGUGGAUGAACAUGAAGGUGGCCGUGUUCCGAGCCACGCUGUGGACGCCUGGUCAGUGUCCUCCUGCGGAGCGCCUCUCCGCGCGACUCAGGAGCACUUCCACGGAAACAAGCAGGCAGAUGCCAGGUUGUCGCUCUUCCCACCCGUGCACGCGGGAGGAAGCGGACGUAAGGCAUUCUCCACGUCUUUUUAGUGGUCUCAGCUUCCUCCUGGACAAGCAUGGCAGCACCAGCGUGGCAGAGGCUGACCGCAGCUGGGGGUGA